GUAAUAACAUUAAUCAUUUCCCGUCUUCCUCCCACCUGAACGUCCUGAUGCAGAAGAAAAAGUCGACACAGGUGUAAUACAGCAAAACGCUGAAUCGCAGUUUACAAAAGAAAUAGGCGUGUGUGAAAGUAAAGGGCUGAAAUUUCAGCGUCUGCUACCCUCCGAGUAACUGCAAAAGCCUGAACCCAGACAGAGAUUGAAAAUGGCAUCGCUGGCCAGUGCCCAUACCAGCUUCUCCCUGGACCUUUUCAAGAGGCUCAGUGCUGAUAAUGGAACUGGCAAUGUCUUCUUCUCCCCACUCAGCAUCUCCUCUGCCCUGGCUAUGGUGUAUCUGGGGGCUCGGGGGAACACAGCCACAGAGAUGGCUCAGACCCUCCACUUCCAUGAAGUUGAAGAUGACCUCCAUGUCGGAUUCAGCAAAUUGAUCUCUGAACUCAACAAAGCAGGAGCCCCAUAUAAACUGAGCAUGGCCAACCGUCUGUAUGGGGAGAAAUCAUUCAACUUUGUGGAGCAAUACAUCGCAGAGACCAGGAAGCACUACCAUGCUGAGCUGGAGUUGGUUGACUUUAUUACUGGAGCAGAGGCAGCCAGACAGAACAUUAAUGCCUGGGUGGAGAAGCAGACUCAAGAAAAAAUCAAGGACCUGCUGGCUGAGGGAACUAUUGACACCAUGACCAGGCUUGUGUUGGUGAACGCCAUCUAUUUCAAAGGAGACUGGGAGAAAAAAUUUAAUGAGGCUGCAACAAGAGAAGCACCAUUUCAUUUGAACAAGAAUGAGACCAAGCCCGUGCAGAUGAUGUAUCUGAAGGCCAAGUUUGGGCUCACAUUCAUCCCCGAGGUCAGCUGUCAGAUCCUGGAGCUUCCAUACCUAGGAAAAGAGUUAAGCAUGCUCAUCAUGCUGCCCAGUGCCAUUGAAGACGACUCCACAGGACUGGAAAAGCUGGAAAGGGAGCUCACUUAUGGGAAGCUGAUGGAAUGGACAAAGCCUGAGAUGAUGGACGUUGAAGAAGUAGAGGUGUCGCUGCCAAAGCUCAAAUUCGAGGAGACCUAUGAUCUCAAGGAGGUUCUGAAGAGCAUGGGCAUGGUAGAUGCCUUUGACAGCACAAGGUCUGAUUUCUCUGGGAUGUCCUCCGGUUCUGAGCUGUUUCUGUCCAAGGUGGUGCACAAGUCCUUCGUGGAGGUUAACGAGGAGGGCACUGAGGCUGCUGCAGCUACUGCAGCUGUCAUGGUGUUGGAGUGUGCCAGGAUCAUUCCCCACUUCACAGCCGAUCACCCCUUCCUGUUUUUCAUCAGACAUAACAAAUCCCAACACAUCCUGUUCUACGGCAGGUUCUGCUCUCCCUAAGAAUCCAGUUGCAGCCAGUGCUUC